CGGACGACGCGUCUUUUCUUAGCGCCCAGUGGAGCCCGGGUGUUCCCGCUUUCCCGGUCCGCUACCUAGCGUCUACCCCGCCGACAUGUCGGGGUUCAGCCCGGAGCUUAUCGACUACCUGGAAGGCAAAAUCUCCUUCGAAGAGUUUGAAAGGCGGAGAGAAGAGAGAAAAACCCGGGAGAAGAAAAGCGUUCCAGAAAAAGGAAAACCAUCACCCCAAGACAACCCGGAAGUCCCAUCAUCAUCAGGGAUCGACUCUGCUAAAUCCCAGGACAAAGAUGCCAAUGAAGGAGAAACAUCUGAUGGAGUGAGUAAGUCAGUUCACAAAGUGUUUGCUUCUAUGCUCGGAGAGACUGAAGAUGAUGAAGAAGAAGAGGAAGAAGAGGAGGAGGAGGAGGAAACUCCUGAGCAACCCACCGCAGGCGAUGUGUUUGUAUUGGAGAUGGUUCUCAACCGUGAAACCAAAAAAAUGAUGAAAGAGAAGAGGCCUCGGAGUAAACUUCCCAGAGCCCUGAGAGGUCUCAUGGGCGAAGCCAAUAUUCGCUUUGCUCGAGGAGAACAUGAAGAGGCGAUAUUGAUGUGCAUGGAAAUCAUAAGACAAGCUCCUUUGGCUUACGAGCCAUUCUCUACGCUUGCCAUGAUAUACGAGGACCAAGGUGACAUGGAGAAGUCACUGCAGUUUGAGUUGAUUGCUGCACAUUUAAACCCCAGUGACACAGAAGAGUGGGUUAGGCUGGCAGAAAUGUCUCUGGAACAAGACAAUAUUAAGCAGGCUAUUUUUUGCUAUACAAAAGCUCUUAAAUAUGAACCUACUAAUGUCCGUUACCUGUGGGAGAGAUCAAGCCUGUACGAGCAGAUGGGUGAUCAUAAAAUGGCCAUGGAUGGCUAUAGGCGUAUUUUAAAUCUUCUGUCUCCGUCUGAUGGAGAACGCUUUAUGCAGUUGGCCAGAGAUAUGGCAAAGAGUUACUACGAAGCCAACGACAGCACUUCAGCUAUAAACAUAAUUGAAGAAGCUUUCUCAAAACACCAAGGCUUAGUCUCCAUGGAGGAUGUGAACAUAGCAGCUGAACUGUACAUUUCCAACAAGCAGUAUGACAAGGCUUUGGAGGUAAUUACAGAUUUUUCUGGAAUCAUCCUAGAAAAGGAAACUUUGGAAGAAGGCACCUCAGAAGAGAAUAAAGCUGCUGAGACCGUCACCUGUUCUAUCCCUGAGAGUGUGCCCAUAGACAUCACGGUGAAGCUGAUGGUCUGCCUGGUGCAUCUCAACAUCCUCGAGCCACUCAACCCUCUCUUGACCACACUGGUGGAACAGAAUCCUGAAGAUAUGGGUGACCUCUAUCUGGAUGUGGCUGAAGCUUUUCUGGAUGUGGGUGAAUACAAUUCUGCACUUCCCCUGCUCAGCGCACUGGUCUGCUCUGAAAGAUACAACCUUGCAGUGGUUUGGCUUCGGCAUGCAGAAUGUUUGAAGGCCUUGGGCUACAUGGAGCGCGCUGCCGAGAGCUAUAGCAAAGUGGUUGAUCUGGCCCCACUCCACUUGGAUGCAAGAAUCUCACUUUCCAUCCUCCAGCAGCAGCUGGGUCGUCCUGAGAAAGCCCUGGAAGCUCUGGAGCCGAUGUAUGACCCGGACACGUUAGCCCAGGAUGCGAAUGCCGCACAGCAGGAACUGAAGCUGCUGCUUCACCGGUCUACGCUGUUAUUCUCUCAAGGGAAAAUGUACGGUUACCUGGACACCUUACUAACCAUGCUGGCCAUGCUUCUGAAGGUCGCAAUGAACAGAGCCCAAGUUUGUUUGAUAUCCAGUUCCAAAUCUGGAGAAAGGCAUCUCUACCUUAUUAAAGUGUCAAGAGAUAAAAUAUCAGACAACAAUGAGCAGGAAACAUCAAAUUAUGAUGCAAAAGCAAUAUUUGCCGUGCUCACGAGUGUCUUGCCCAAAGAGGACUGGUGGAACCUUCUCUUGAAGGCCAUCUACACCUUGAGUGACUUAGCCCGGUUCCAGGAAGCCGAACUGCUCGUGGACUCCUCACUGGAGUACUACUCAUUCUAUGAUGACAGGCAGAAGCGGAAGGAGCUGGAGUACUUCGGUCUAUCUGCUGCUAUUCUGGACAAAAAUUUCAGAAAGGCGUAUGACUAUAUCAGAGUGAUGGUGAUGGAAAAUGUCAACAAACCCCAGCUAUGGAAUAUCUUCAACCAAGUCACCAUGCACUCCCAAGACGUAAGACAUCAUCGCUUCUGCCUCCGUCUGAUGCUGAAAAACCCAGAAAAUCAUGCUCUGUGCGUUCUAAAUGGACACAACGCAUUUGUAUCUGGGAGCUUCAAACACGCACUUGGGCAGUAUGUGCAAGCCUUCCGUGCCUAUCCCAGCGAGCCUCUGUACAACCUGUGCAUCGGCCUUACCUUCAUUCACAUGGCGUCUCAGAAGUAUGUGCUCAAGAGACACGCUCUGACUGUGCAGGGCUUCUCCUUCCUUAAUCGGUACCUCGGCAUACGUGGGCCUUGCCAGGAAUCCUUCUACAAUUUGGGCCGUGGCCUCCAUCAGCUGGGACUGACUCACCUUGCAAUCCACUAUUACCAGAAGGCUCUGGCACUCCCUCCGCUCGUGGUAGAGGGCAUAGAAGCUGACCAGUUAGACCUUCGGAGAGACAUUGCCUACAACAUGUCUCUCAUUUAUCAGAGCAGUGGGAACACAGCCAUGGCUCAGAGGCUUCUGUACACCUACUGUGUCAUAUAAGCCGCGGACCAAGAGAGGUGCGGGGACCCGUGUCUUCUAGUGAGACUUUCCAGAUGGUGCCGUCACCACUGCCAGCUGUCCUCACAGCCAUGGCGUUGAGGCUGAGGCUGGAGUGGGGCUCAGCGGUAGAGUGCCGGAGUACUGUAUGCACGAGGCCCCAGAUUCCAGCCACAAGCCUUUAGAAACCAAAACACUGCUCUCAUCUCUGGAAUAUUUGCAGUGUUACCAUUCCCGUGAGGGUGUGCAGAGUACUCUGUUACCUCCCUUCAGUGUUUACAGGAAAUUAUUCCCAGUGCUGAAACGGACAGAGUCUCUGAGACCGUUGGAACCGAACGUUAUUUUUCCAUUUAGUGUCUGCUAAGCUCCUGUGUGGGAGACAGACGUGUUGUCCUGGAGACAGACAGAUGGUGUAGUAUGUGAUUACUACUCAGAUGUUGUCCUGGAGACAUUGCAGAGUCCACUGCUGAGAACGAGCUCGAGUACAGCUGUUUCAUCUAUUUUCUUGUGCAGUCUAUCGAACCCAGGUCUGGUACCAUGCCAAGCAAGCAAGUGCUCUACCACUGAGCAAAUCCUCAGCCUUACAGUUCAAGUGUGAACAUACGUGAACAUCCAGUCUCUGCAGGGAAUAGUUCCUGCAUUUCUGGACAGUGUCAUUGCUGUCCAAAUACACAGUAAAGGAGGGAGCUUACUCAAGGAGAAGCAGAUUUGGAUUCUUACGGUGAUGUAAUUACUUACAGCCAACACCUAACACAACUAAUUAAGAUGCUUUUAUGGUAGGAAGACAAUGAGUCGCUUCAUUUCACAUUCAUUUGUGAGUAUGUUAGUUUUAGAGUGUGAGCCUUGGGCCUGCGCUUAAUUCGAAGCCCAGCACUCCAAGGAAAAACAGUCAGUGCAUCUGGCUUCCCAGUGGAGAAAAGCGGCCAUCUUAUCAUGUUCACACAGUAACAUGUUGUGCGUCCCAGACAACUCCAGACUGCGGAAGCUGGACAUUUGAAAUAAAGGGUUGAUAAAGUUUCAAGAUAUUUUACGUCAUUGCAUGUUGUUGAAUCUCAGAUCAAAACAUUUGCUAGAUAUACUGUUUCAAUAAAAAGAGCUUUUGUGGAAAUGCUGUAAUGUAUGAUUGAUUCUAGAACUAGUCCAGUGUUGAGAUUGAAGGUUAAAAUACAACUGAGACUUUUUUAGGAGUUCUUACCCCUCUUUAUACUGCAUAUUCAACUUUCUGAGAAGAAGCAGAAUUUGUAUAUAAUUAGGAAAUACAUCUUGUUGUAUUCUGUAUAUAUCUAUGUAU